AUGGCAGCUCAACUUGAUAACCCAAAGGAAUACCAAAACAUCUUUCACUGGGCUGAGACUCAAAAAGAUGGCACUGUACCUUCCUUUGCGGUCAGGAAAAACGAUCCCUACGAAUAUCAAGCUGGAUUCAACAACUACUUCGAAUCAGAAGCUGUUCCUGGGACGAUCCCACAGGGACAGAACAGUCCAAGAUGCGUGCGAUUUGGCCUUUACGCCGAGCAGAUGACUGCCUCGGCCUUUGUCGCCCCACGAAAUGUCAACAAGAAAGCUUGGAUUUACAGAGUUCGACCGGCGGUAGCACACGAGGGUUUCACCGACUUGCCAAACAAUAAGGAUACCGAAGCAAAUUUCAUGCCCAUCAACCCCCACGUUCAUAUUUCUCCAACUCAAGUAGCUUGGCUACCAUUCGACAUCCCGGAUGAUGGCGAAGUCGAUUUUAUUGCUGGACUGAAGACGAUUGCCGGCUCUGGAGAGCCAACGCUUCGAGAGGGUAUAGCAACUCAUAUUUAUGCUGCCAACGCCAGUAUGAAACAAAAGGCCUUCGUCAACUCUGAUGGAGACUAUCUGAUUGUUCCACAGCAAGGCAGCUUGGACAUCCAGACAGAGUUCGGUCCAUUGUAUGUCCAACCAGGUGAAAUUGUGGUCAUUCAGAGAGGUCAGCGUUUCCGCGUUGAGCUUCCAGACGGACCUUCUCGCGGGUAUAUACUAGAGAUCUGGGGAGCAAACUUUGAGCUACCCGAGUUAGGACCUCUAGGUGCAAAUGGACUUGCAAAUGCUCGUGACUUUCUACAUCCAAAGGCCAAAUACGAAAUCAAAAAGGAACGAUGGGAGAUUGUGUACAAGCUAGGAGGGAAGUUGUUCAAGAGCACCCAGGGUCAUUCUCCGUUUGAUGUUGUUGCCUGGCACGGAAACUACGUGCCAUACAAGUAUGAUUUGACGAAAUUUGUCAAUGUCGGCUCUAUUUCCGUGGAUCAUAUAGAUCCGUCAAUCUUCUGCGUGCUAACCGCCAAAUCGCGUGAUCCAACCGCCCCUCUUGCUGACUUUCUCCUAUUCUCUCCACGAUGGGAUGUUGCAUCUCAUACCUACCGUCCUCCUUAUUAUCACCGAAAUGCUGCGUCUGAGCUGAUGGGCCUGAUCUAUGGAAACUACGGCGGUCGCUCUGACGAAUUUCAACCAGGCGGAAUGUCUUUCGAAUGCGGCAUGGUGCCCCAUGGAGUUGCGUACGAAGAGUUCAAAGAUGCUUACGAAGCUGCGCCACCUGAGGUUCAGAUCUCGAAAAAUUCCAUUGCCUUCAUGUUUGAGUCAAGCCGACCUUUUACAAUCACUGAUUAUGCCUGGAACAGCGACAAGAAACACGAGCACGAACCAAAGAUGUGGGAUAAUUUGGUCGACAACUUCUCCACCCAUGCCAAGGAGAUUGAGGAAGCUUUAAGCCACGCUGCGGGUGGAUCGAACACUUCAAAGGGGCGUGGAUUUGAAAGCGGCUGUGCUCAAUAG